UUCUUCGUUGGCACUACCAGCAGGAAAUAACAUACUAUUUUGCAAAGAUGCAGAGCCACCAAUGGCCGGUGUUUCAACUUGUAUCAUACCUGUUUGUUCUUUCCCAGCUUUUCCGUUUCUCCCAUGCCGAUGUUGGCACUGCUGCCCAAUACACCCCACCAUAUCUACCGACAGCGUGUUAUGGUGAUGACCAAACGCAGUUUCCAUCCAGUAAUUUGUUCGCAGCAGCUGGAGAUGGGAUAUGGGACAAUGGAGCAUUGUGUGGGAGACAAUACCUGGUACGAUGCAUCAGUGUGUCGCAGCCCGGGACUUGUGCUCCCGACCAGACGAUCCAAGUCAAGAUUGUCGAUUAUGCUCCUACUGCACAGUCUCAGCCUUCAAGUCAGUCAACCACCAUUGUCCUGUCCGAGACGGCUUUUGGUGGGAUUACCAACAUACCUAUCGACUCCAUCAACAUAGAAUUCCAACAGGUUUGAGGAUAUGGAAGGGUAGUAUGGCUCCCUGCGUUCAAGGUAGUUGAAGGAAGAAAAGAAACCUAUAUAUUGUCUGUUAUAAUCUGC